AUGGGAGAUAAUUCUAGUUUGCCCAUAUUUUCAAAUAAAACAGAGGAAAAUUUCUUACUCAAAGGGAUAGAUUUUGGGAAAACUGAAUCAAAUAGUGGAUUUAAAUCAAGGCUAAGUUCAGCAAUGAAUUUUGGUAGAAAUAUUUUCGGUCUCACUAACGGUUGGCAAGCAGAGCCAUCAUGGAAAACAUAUACUAACUAUAAAGCAUUCUUGACCCUGUUCGCAUGUUCAGUUAUUUUUUUUGUUAUGUCUUUCAUGUCAUUACCCUUCAUAAUCUUUGCACCUUACAAAUUUGGACUCUUGUUCACACUGGCGUCUCUAACAUUUUUAUCGUCCAUGGCAUUUUUAAGAGGAGCAGGGUCCCUAAUAGAUCAUAUGCUGAACCCCAAAAGGCUAGUAUUCACUGUCUCAUAUCUCGUUUCUCUCUUAUGUACUUUAGUUUUUACCACAUUCUAUCCGUUGUAUGUUUUCGCGUUUAUUUUCUCAUUAGUACAAUUUUUCGCACUGUCUUCUGUAAUGAUAUCGUAUAUACCAGGUAAGAUUUAUUGCUAUACCAAAUAA